AUGUUCUUUGUUCUCUUCCCAGAUUUUUGAUCAUUUUGUCCUGAGAAUAUUUGACACUCAUAAGAAAGUGAAGCAGAAGGCGCUGGACGUGCUGGCAGAAAUCAUAGGACUCCUGGAAGAUGCCCUGAACCCGGUGAUGAUCCGUUUGGUUGAAGGGAUAACAAAGAACCUAAACUCCAAGGAUCCCGGGGUUCAUGCCGCAGCUGUGAAGGCACUGGACCAAUCUGUGGUUCAUCUAGAUGAAGUAUCACUGAUGAAAGAGCUCAGCCACCAAUGGAGCCAACUGAGUGGUGAAGCUCUGCUGGAUGUCACGGAGCGGAUCACAGUGCUUGUGGAAUGGGUUUAUGCCAGGAGCCCUGAAGUGGUCCAGCGCUACGCCCUGCCCGUGCUCUGGUCCUGCCUGGAGAACAAGGCGCUGCCUGUCCGAAGCGCCAACGUCUGCGCUGUGGUCACCAAGCUUGCCUGCGCCCUCUGCGAGGCGAUGGGCGCCCAGAUAAUUACUUGUGCUGCCAGCAAGCCUCCACACGUGCAGGACAACCUCUCCAGCCUUUUGGGCUGGUGAAAGCAUCGUGUUCUCCAGAAAGCGGACCAAGUUCUGAGUUGGACACCUCUGGACGUGACAUUUUAGCUGUGCCAAAAAUGACAAUAUACAAAGGAAGGGUGUGCAUCUGCCCCUGCUCUAAUUAUCGCCCUUCCUAGUCAUAACAUGGGAGGCCAUAAGCAAUUCCAGACUGUGGAAAAGGUGGAGACCAAGCAUGGACCAGCCUCACACAGAGGCCUGACUGGCUACCCUCUGGCCAAGAGGUUUUCCCUGGCAAGUCCCUCCAUGCUCCUUCCCUCCAAGCCACUGCCUCCCAUCCAGAGGAGCUCUCCUGCUGCCAUGUUAAGUAAGAUGUUCCACGGAGAGCAGA